AUGAAUGAUGAUACCUGCAAAUUAUUUGAAAGAGUUGCUAAAAAGAUGGGUUGGGCUGACAAGGGUGGACUGGACACAGCAGAAAAAAAGCUGAUGAGCACAAUUGGCAAGACUCGUCAUGAUGCCACAAGUGGCCCUCGAUCGGCCUCACCUGUCCAGCUUGUCUUCUCUGACAGUGAAGAUGCUGCAGAGAAGGAAAACCAGCCGUCCAUGUGCAACGAUUACAGAAACAAGUCUUUGAUCGAGUCCAGUGAUGAUGACUUUGAUCAAUUUCUUGUCGGACAAGCUACACCGAAAUCUAAACCUACCUCACAGAAACCACGUAGUGCUACAAACAAAGACAGUUCAAAUGUUCUUUUGUUGAGCUCGGAUGAUGACGGCAGUUUCGAGACAUUUCUACAACGAGUAAAAACCCCUACGGUCAAGCCUAAGAAGAUAUCAGUGAGUGGGAGUGAAGAUAGCUUCAAAAAUUUCAUAGUAGAUGACCUCUCAUCCGAUGAUGACUUUAUUGAGACAAAAUCAUCUUUUAAAGUGCCUAAGAAGAUCAAUACUCCAGCAGCCCAGCAACCAGUGAGGAGACCAUUGUCUCAAUAUGACUCCCCUGUCUUUAUUAGCGACAGUGAUGAUGAUGAUAAUAUUGUGGUCAAGAGCACUUGGCGGACUCGUAUCUCAAAACCUAAGCCCCCGCUGUCAAAGGCUAAUAAGAAUAAUGCUCUGCUGUCUAAUGAAGAGGAGAGUUCGCCAUCACUGCCUUUGCCUCCCAUAUCUUCUCCUGUUUCUCUUCCUCCACACACAACUCCAGCAUCACUGGCUUCUCCCAAACGCACUCUUUCAGCGCCUUCUAUGCUGGAUGAAUCAGCCAGUUCUGAGGAGGAGUUCACAUCCCUACUGGAGAGACUGAAAAAGAAAAACAAGUGCCCUAGCACCUCAUUUUCACCGAAGCACACCCACGAAUGUGAUAAGGAGCCUCCUGUGUCGGCUCCUCUUGUAAAGGGACUCACAACGCUAGCCUCUAAAUUAGGGGAUACACCACUGCGUGCAAAGACAUCGGGAAAAUCCACCAUCUUGAAGCCAACUGUCAGUCAGACAGAGCCCAGACACGGCCCCAGCAGCAGGGUAGCAUUGUGUAAGACCCCAGGGUGCUUCUUGCAGUCCUUAUCAAACCCUGGCUCCAGCUAUGGCCGCAAUUUUAAGCAGAACAAGGAAGAACUCACCAGCAGACUCUACCAGCUGUACAAUACCAGUGUGUUUGACAGUAAGCUCCCCAUCAACAUGUCACUUACUUGGAAUAAGAAAAUGCGGAAAACAGCCGGUUACUGUAUUACGGGGCAGGAGCGAGGUGGAGGGAGCCGCUAUGCCCGCAUUGAACUGUCAGAGAAAGUCUGUGAUAGUGCAGAUCGUCUCAGGGACACACUGAUUCAUGAGAUGUGUCACGCUGCAACCUGGCUGAUUAAUGGUGUAAGGGACGGACACGGAAACUUCUGGAAGCUGUAUGCUCGCAAGGCCACUCUGGUGCAUCCUGAGCUGCCCAUGGUCACUCGCUGCCACAGUUAUGACAUAAAGUACAAAUUCCAGUACCAGUGCACCCGCUGCCAGAAUACGAUCGGGCGUCAUUCCAAGUCCCUGGACACACAGAGGUUUGUGUGUGCCCUGUGCACAGGACAACUUGUCCUACUGAUGCCCUCCAAGACACGUGCUCCCACACCCUUUGCCAACUUCGUCAAAGAGAAUUAUGGGGCCGUACGACAGGAGCUGGCGGGACUCAGCCAUGCAGAGGUGAUGCGUAAACUUAGUGCAGACUUUUCCUCCAAGACUAAACUCAGUGAAAGCUGAGUUCUCGACGCUCACUGUACUUACAGCCAGGGACUGCACGAUCACAGGAAACCUGUUCUGAAAUACCUCAGUCAACUAGUCUUACAUGAACCAGCUGCUGCCAUUGUUAAUAUUGUCUAUAUUUUUGUAUUUUUCGUGUCAUUUCUGUAUUUGUUAGUUGUGAUUUUAGACUAGAUAUCCUGGUGUCCUUGGUAUCAAAUAUGUACUGGAGAAAUGAUUGUAUGGUACAGUAGCUAAAUGUAUGAUUAGAUCCAUGUUUUUUUUUAUUAUUUCUUGUUAUGAGCCUUAAAUAAAGUUUCAAUGUGUGACUAUA